GGUCGGCUUCUCUGCCAAAAGCUUCAGCGCCUUAAGUUGAUGUUUUUCAGGAUCCAGAGAGUCAUUUCAAAACCGCUAUUUCACUCUCUGAGGCAGCUCUUUUUGUUACGCAAUCCCCGAAAACUGACCUCCAGAAUGGCCUUUCAGUAUCCACAGGCUUACCGUGAUGAGGCAGUUAUGGAUGACUAUCAUGGCUGCAAAGUACCAGAUCCAUACAGCUGGCUGGAGGACCCGGACAGUGAAAAGACACAGGCCUUUGUCAGCGCUCAGAACCAACUGACGUUGCCAUUUUUGGAGCGCUGUGAUGUGCGAGACCUGUUCAAGGAGCGCAUGACAGAGCUGUACGACUACCCCAAGUAUAGCUGUCCCUUCAAGAGGGGGAGCAGGUACUUCCACUUCUACAACACAGGGCUCCAGAACCAGAGUGUAAUGUAUGUGCAGGAGAGCCUGGAUGCUGAGCCCACAGUCUUCUUGGAUCCAAACACAUUUUCUGACGAUGGGACAGUUGCCCUGCGAGGCUAUGCAUUCUCUGAGGACGGGGAAUACCUGGCAUAUGGCACCAGUGCCAGCGGGUCAGACUGGGUGGAGAUCCGGUUCCUGCGGGUUGAAGGUGCCAUGCCUCUAGAGGACCGCCUGGAGCGAGUCAAGUUCAGCUGCAUGUCCUGGACCCAUGAUGGGAAGGGACUUUUCUACAAUUCCUACCCUGACCAAGAGGGCAAGAGUGACGGCACUGAAACCUCCACCAACCUGUAUCAGAAGCUAUACUUCCAUGUUCUGGGGACUCCGCAGUCUGAGGACGUGCUUUGCGCCGAGUUUCCUGACCAUCCCAAAUGGAUGAGUGGAGCUGAGGUAUCAGAUGAUGGGCGAUAUGUACUGCUGUCCAUCAGGGAAGGUUGUGACCCAGUCAACAGACUGUGGUAUUGUGACCUUCAGACCACUGCUCAGGGUAUUACAGGACUUUUGCCAUGGGUGAAGCUAAUCGACAACUUUGACGCCGAGUACGAGUACGUGACCAACGAGGGCACGUUGUUCACAUUCAAGACCAACCUAGACGCCCCACGCUAUCGCCUCAUCAACAUCGACUUUGCCUCUCCUGCUCAGAGCAACUGGAAGGAGCUCAUCCCUCAACAUGACAAGGACGUUAUUGUGUUCGCCACCUGCACGUACUCCAGCUACCUGUUUGUGUGUUUCCUCCACGACGUGAAGAAUGUGUUGAAAAUGUACCGUCUGAGCUCGGGGGAGGAGCUGAGGACCUUCCCUCUGGACGUCGGCUCCGUGGUGGGCUUCACAGGACGGAAGCGGGACUCUGAGAUCUUCUACUAUUUCACCUCUUUCCUCUCUCCAGCCAUCAUUUACCAUUGUGACCUGACCAAGGAGCCGCUGCAGCCCCACAUCUUCAGGGAGGUCACUGUCAAAGGCUUCAACCCCUCCGACUACCAGACCACCCAGAUCUUCUAUCCCUCCAAGGACGGCACUCAAAUCCCCAUGUUCAUUGUUCACAAGAAGGGUAUCAAAAUGGAUGGCUCCCAUCCAGGUUUCCUAUACGGCUAUGGAGGCUUUAACAUCUCCAUCACACCGAGCUACAGCGUCUCCCGCCUCAUCUUUGUCAGACAUCUCGGCGGAGUCCUCGCCGUUGCCAACAUCAGAGGGGGAGGGGAGUACGGGGAGACCUGGCACAAAGCGGGCAUGUUGGCCAACAAGCAGAACUGCUUCACAGACUUCCAGUGCGCGGCUGAAUAUCUCAUCAAGGAGGGAUACACUUCUCCUUCCAAACUGACUAUAAAUGGAGGCUCCAACGGUGGUCUGCUCGUAGCGGCCUGCGUGAACCAGCGGCCCGAGCUGUUUGGCUGCGCUGUCGCUCAGGUCGGCGUCAUGGACAUGCUGAAAUUCCACAAGUUCACCAUCGGCCACGCCUGGACCACAGACUUCGGCUGCUCAGAGGACAAAGAGCAGUUUGAGUGGCUCAUGAAAUACUCCCCGCUCCAUAACAUCCGCAUCCCAGAAGGCAACGGGGUCCAGUACCCUGCAGUACUCCUGCUGACGGGGGACCACGAUGACCGAGUGGUGCCCCUCCACUCUCUCAAAUACAUCGCCACCCUGCAGCACAUCGUAGGCCGCAGCUCCAAGCAGACAAACCCCCUGUUCAUCCUCGUGGACACAAAGUCGGGCCACGGCGCCGGCAAGCCCACCAGCAAGGUCAUCCAGGAGGUGGCGGACACGUACGCCUUCAUCGCUCGCUGUCUCAACAUCUCCUGGGUCAAAUAACCAGUGUGCAUGUGUUUUUGUUUUGUUUUGUUCUUUUUGUUUUCUUUUCUUUUCAUCAGUUACUCAAAUCAUCUUUGGAAUACUGUUCAUACCAACUGUUCCCAUUGUUCUUUAAACUUUACAUCAACAGCUCCUGUUUACCCAGCCACCAUUACCACACCCAUCAGGAUCUCUCUGGCUGCACUAACACAAAACUUAGAAGCCAACAUGCAGCACUCAUAGCUAACGAACCCUGUCCUAUAGGCCAUGAUUGUAGUCCUGGUCAAACUACAUUAUCAGUGAUGGGUGUGGAAAGGGAGGGAGGGAGGGGUUACUUUCAUGGUUACGGUAAUCAGCCAAUCAGCCGUUACAGUCAUGAGGUCAAAGUGGCAAAGGUUAAUUUGAAGAUCGUUUCUGCGUCCUCCGGGUGCUCCAACUUGAUGCAUAUUAUUUAUUGUUUUCUUUGUGCGCAGGAUGGAAAGGCUGUUGCAUGUUGAAUGAUCUCAGCUUGUACAAUUCUGACCAGACCAGUAUUGUGCAAAUGAUGAUAGUGCUAGCUGACAGGAUUGCUGUGGAUGCGCGUGCGGAAACUUACGGAAAACACUUACCAUUUUGUGUGUGUGUGUGUGUGCGCGCGCGCGCGUGUGUUGGUGUGAGUGUGUGUGUGCGUGUUUAAAUGUCAGUCCCCACAUUUUCUUUCAGACUGAUAAUGAUUUCUACCUCUUGACAUGUGCUGAUUGUUUACCUUUUUAAAGGGAACAAAACACAAUGCCACAGCUACAAUAAACAACUUUUUAAACAGUGAUUUAUCAUCCCGGUGCGUUUAUUCUUUAAGAGAAGUAACAAUGAGGUUUUUUUUUUGUAGUAGUAGUAGUGUUUUUGUGUCACAUACAAUGUGAAUGACGGAACUGUAUAUUAAUGAGUUUUGACUGUAAAACAACUAAUGAUACUGCAAAUACACUACUUUUUGCUGAUGGAUUACUAGCAUGGUGACCCAUAUCAACAAUCGUUAACCACAAACCAAUUCCUUGAGUGGUGCUUGAGUUAUCAAAUAAAACGACACUCAACAA